AUGGCAACGUCUGCCUUCCCCCGGCAGAGCCGCGGCGCUCAGGACCACGCCGGCACGCAGAACUUUCUACCGCUGCAGCCGCGCGCUCGGAACGCGUUUAGAAACCGCGCCAGCUCGCGGGGCCACCAGCACCCCGCAUCCCGUGCGCCAGACGAGCGUCCCCCGAAGCACGCCGUGAGCUCGACCCCCUCCUCCUGCAGCACCACGGGGCGGGCUCCGGGACGGGGCCGCGGCCGAGAGGGGAGGGGGACCGAGCCCCGCCGCGUUCCCGCCGGCCGGGUCCCCAUCCCCGCCCCGCGGGGCGCGCCCCGACCUCGGGCCGGAGGCUCGCGCGGCCCGGCCGAACCGGUUCGGGAGCGGGCGGGGGGGAGGGGGCGAGGGGCUCUCGCGAGAAAGACGGAGGCGGCCGGCGGCGGCGGGAUCUACCCCGGCCCCGCUAGGAGGCGCCGCGCCCUGCGGCUGAGUCCGGAGCGGGAGCUGACGCCGCCCGGUUAUCCCUCCGCCGUCGCCAGCCGGAACUACAUCCCGUCCUGGGGCCGCCGCCGCCGUCGGGUGGGGGCACGCGCCUGGAUCAGCCCAUCAAAAGUACUGCCACAUGCCUUCUUUGCAAGAGCAAGCAGAAUGGAUAACUGGAGUAGAAAUGAGAGCUCUCUGAACACAUUUGAGUCACGACAUGAACUUCACCAGGAUCUGGAACAAGUACAGCAAUUACAUUGCAAAAUAUUAUUCGACACAAGAAGAAUCUCUCUGACGUCCUCGGUGAGGUGACACAGAUCUUCUAUCACCCUAACACUGAGGGAGAUGUUAUCCUCUUG